GCCGCCGCCUAAUUUUUUGUGAAAUUAAAACGAAAUAAAUCCAUUUAAAAAAAGAAAAAAAACAGUGAAAUUUUCGCUCUUUACCAUUUGUUGAGCUCAACCGAGGAUCGCAAAAAAUGACUCUAGGCGAAAUACAAAACGGGAAUGUGACAUCGUUGACGAAGAAUCGAGGCGGUGAGAUGACGACAACAACAACAACAACGGAUGUGAACACACAUGGACAUGGGCAUGGACAUCAUGGCCAUCAGCAGCAUAGCGAGCCUGUGGACAACGGCAAUCUGGACAACGGGAGUGCAAAGCAUCAAAAGCAGAGCGAUGCAACAAUAUCGUUCCUACGAGCCGCUCGCAGUGGGGAUCUCGGCCGAGUUCUGGAAUUCAUCGAAACUGGCCAAAUCACGGACAUAAACACUUGCAAUGCGAACGGCCUGAACGCACUGCAUCUUGCUGCCAAGGAUGGGUAUGUGGAUAUUGUCAGCGAGCUGCUGCAGCGCGGCAUCAAUGUUGAUAAUGCGACAAAAAAGGGCAACACAGCACUCCACAUUGCCUCGUUGGCUGGCCAAAAGGAUGUCAUCAAACAGUUGAUUCAAUACAAUGCCAAUGUAAAUGUUCAGUCGCUGAAUGGAUUUACACCACUCUACAUGGCGGCUCAAGAGAAUCACGAUGGCUGCGUGCGCUUUCUGCUGGCCAAGGGCGCAAAUCCAUCGCUGGCCACUGAAGAUGGCUUCACACCUCUAGCUGUAGCCAUGCAACAAGGGCAUGACAAAGUGGUUGCCGUGCUUUUCGAGAACGAUACGCGUUGUAAAGUCCGCCUACCAGCUCUACACAUAGCGGCCAAGAAAGAUGACAUUAGAGCGGCCACUCUACUACUCGAUAAUGAUCACAACCCCGAUGUCACUUCCAAAUCUGGCUUCACGCCCCUACACAUUGCCUCGCAUUAUGGCAAUGUGGACAUUGCCGAUUUGCUGUUGGAGCGCGGCGCCAAUGUCAACUACACGGCCAAGCACAACAUCACACCCUUGCAUGUGGCCUGCAAGUGGGGCAAGGCGAACAUUAUGCGUCUGUUGUUGGCGAAGAAUGCGCGCAUCGAUGCGACCACAAGGGAUGGUCUCACACCGCUGCAUUGCGCCUCGCGAUCAGGUCACGUGGAGGUAAUCGAGCUGUUGUUGGCCAACAAUGCGCCCAUCUUGUCAAAGACCAAGAACGGACUCUCUGCAUUGCAUAUGUCAGCCCAGGGGGAACACGAUGAAGCUGCUCGUCUGCUGUUGGAUCACAAGGCACCCGUAGAUGAGGUUACGGUUGACUAUUUGACGGCCCUACACGUAGCCGCUCAUUGUGGACAUGUCCGCGUUGCGAAGCUGCUGCUUGACUAUAACGCUGAUCCCAAUUCGAGGGCUCUGAACGGAUUUACUCCGUUGCACAUUGCAUGCAAAAAGAAUCGCAUUAAGGUAGUGGAACUGUUGCUGAAACACGGUGCGAAUAUUGGAGCCACAACGGCGUCUGGCCUGACACCCCUACACGUGGCUAGCUUCAUGGGCUGCAUGAACAUUGUAAUCUAUCUGCUACAGCACGAUGCCAACCCCGAUUCGCCUACGGUGCGUGGGGAGACAUCACUUCAUUUGGCUUCACGUGCCAAUCAGACGGACAUUAUACGCAUCCUGCUGCGCAAUGGCGCCCAGGUGGAUGCCAUUGCCAGGGAGGGGCAGACGCCUUUGCAUGUGGCCUCACGUCUGGGCAAUAUGGACAUUAUUAUGCUGAUGCUACAGCACGGCGCUAAUGUAGAUGCCAAGACCAAGGAUGCGUACACUCCAUUGCACAUUGCAGCCAAGGAAGGACAGGAGGAGGUUUGUCAGCUAUUGAUCGAUAAUGGUGCCCAGCUGGAUGCGGCCACCAACAAGGGAUUCACGCCUCUCCAUCUCGCUUCCAAGUAUGGCAAGGACCGUGUAGCAGCGUUGCUCCUUCAGAAAGGCGCCACUAUAGACUGUCAGGGCAAGAAUGAUGUGACUCCCUUGCAUGUGGCCACGCACUACGAUCAUCAGUCAGUGGUUUUGCUGCUCCUCGAGCUAGGCGCUUCACCUCAGAUAGCGGCCCGCAAUGGCCACACUGCCCUGCACAUUGCAGCCAAAAAGAAUCAAAUGGAAAUCGCCCAGAAUUUGUUGCAAUAUGGCGCCGAUGUUGACGCAGUCAGCAAGUCUGGCUUUUCGCCCCUCCACUUGGCCGCUCAAGAGGGACAUGCGGACAUGGUUCAGUUACUGCUUGAGCACGGUGUGAAUGCAAACGUUGCGGCAAAGAACGGAUUAACGCCACUACAUUUGGUGGCUCAGGAGGACAAGAGUGAGGUGGCGCGAAUUCUCCUUGACAAUGGGGCCAACAUUUCAGAACGCACCCGGUCCGGUUAUACGCCCCUCCACAUUGCUGCCCAUUACGGCCAAAUCAAUAUGGUUAAGUUUCUGCUCGAGAACGAUGCCAACAUUGAGAUGAGCACCAACAUUGGUUACACACCCCUUCACCAGGCAGCUCAGCAGGGUCACACGAUGGUCAUCAACUUGUUGCUGCGCCACAAGGCCAAUCCCGAUGCCGUGACAGAUAACGGUCAAACAGCUCUGAAUAUUGCGCAUAAUCUUGGCUACGUCACAGCUGUGGAGACUCUCAAGGUAGUUACACAAACAUCUAUUGUCAACAAGACGACAGGCGUGCUGGAGGAGAAAUACAAGGUUGUCGCUCCCGAAUUGAUGCACGAGGCACUACUGUCCGAUUCCGAGGACGAAGGUGGUGAAGAUCUAUUGGAUCACAAUCAAUAUAAAUACAUGGCGACCGAUGAUUUAAAAACCUCGAAUGAGCAUGAUCAUCAGAACUAUGACACUACAAAUCCAGAUAAUGAUCAGCUAGAUGGAAUGGGUGGGCGUAGUGUUGAAAGAGAAAUCACCGAAGUGGUUAGACACAACCUGAACACGUCUGCCCCAAGGCCAAACGAUAAUGUGUCCAUCAUAAAGCCUCCGGUUCAUCUGGGUUUCCUAGUUUCGUUCUUGGUGGAUGCACGUGGCGGUUCGAUGCGUGGCUGCCGACACAGUGGUGUGCGUAUAAUUGUACCACCCAAGGCCUGUUCGGAGCCAACUCGCAUCACAUGUCGUUAUGUGAAGCCGCAAAGAGUAACCAAUCCGCCGCCAUUGAUGGAGGGCGAGGCAUUGGUCAGUCGAAUUUUGGAAAUGUCUCCAGUUGAGGGCAAAUUUUUGAGCCCAAUUGUGUUGGAGGUGCCGCACUUUGGUUCGUUGCGCGAUAAGGAGCGCGAGAUCAUUAUUUUGCGAUCGGAUAAUGGUGAGAGCUGGCGUGAACACACCCUAUACGAGAAUGAAGAGAAUCUGUUGGAGGCCCUCAAUGAGGCUAUCGAUGCGGAUGUAAAUCCACUCGAGGAUCUGCACACAAAUCGCAUAAUACGGAUUGUGACGCAAAAUGUACCGCACUUCUUUGCUGUGGUCUCGCGCAUACGCCAGGAGGUGCACGCAAUUGGACCCGAUGGAGGGACCGUUUCAUCAACAGCGGUGCCACAAGUCCAAGCAAUAUUUCCGCCUCAUGCAUUGACUAAGAAAAUUCGAGUCGGUCUUCAGGCACAACCAGUUGACCUGAAGGGUUGUUCCAAACUGCUCGGCCAGGGCGUUGCAGUAUCACCGGUGGUGACCGUGGAGCCACGUCGUCGCAAGUUCCACAAGGCGAUCACACUGAGUAUUCCGGCUCCCAAAGCCUCAACGCAGGGCAUGAUAAAUGCACCUUACAGCGGCACCAAUGCGCCCACCUUACGACUGCUAUGCUCGAUAACUGGCGGCCAAAGCCGUGCCGUGUGGGAGGAUGUCACCGGCUCGACUCCACUAGCCUUUGUUAAGGACAGCGUGACAUUUACCACAACUGUCUCGGCGCGCUUCUGGCUAAUGGACUGCCGCAACAUUGCUGACGCCAGCCGCAUGGCCACCGAGCUCUAUACAUGCAUGACUCAGGUGCCGUUCGUGGUCAAGUUCGUAGUGUUCGCCAAGCGAAUCUCUGCAACGGAAGCAAAGCUUUCGGUGUUCUGCAUGACCGACGACAAGGAGGACAAGACGCUCGAGCAACAAGAGUAUUUCAGCGAGGUGGCGAAGAGUCGCGACAUUGAGGUUAUGGAGGAUCAGAACAUUUAUUUGGAGUUUGGCGGCAAUUUGGUGCCGGUAUUGAAAUCUGGCGAACAGCUGAACAUGAAGUUCCAGGCGUUCCGAGAAAACCGCCUCUCAUUCAUCGUACAUAUCAAGCACCAGGAUGAGCCGCACGCCCGCAUCUGCUUCAUGAGCGAGCCAAAGGUGGGUCCUGGUGAGGCGCCAUUGCAGCCGAUUUGUGCGUUGAACGUAUCACUGGCCGAUCAGCCAGACAUUGGCCAAAACGGCAAUGGCAACGGUAAUGUAGGCGGCAGUCGCAAGAGCCUAAGCAAUUUGGCCAUCGAUCAUGGCCUCCACUAUAAGGAUUUAAUAAAUGCCGAGAUUAGAGCCAACGCUGGAAAGGCCGAGAAUAAAAUACAACAGCAACUCCAGCAGCAACAACAACAGCCCCUAGCAAGAGGCCACCUAAAUGACCUGGGCUCCAACGAAAGUAUACAUCGCGCAGAUUUACGGCUGUCGGAUAUAAGCAACAUGCUGGGCAAAGACUGGCCGCAGCUGGCUAAAGAAUUGGGUGUACCCGAGGCCGACAUCGAGCUAGUCAAAGCUGAGUAUCCCGAGCACACAGCACAACAGACCAUGGUUAUGUUGCGACUCUGGCUACGCACUGAGGGCCCACAGGCCACAGGCAAUGCCAUGGCACAGGCAUUAAACAAAAUUGGCAGAUCCGACAUCGUCGACAAGUGUAUAUUUAAUUUAGAGCCCGUGACCGAUGAGCUGGAACGCGAUAUGGCCGCCGCCAGAUUACAAUUGCACGCACCCCAAGAACCAUUGGGUGAUCUAUCCGAUGGCCUUAACGAAACUCUUAAUAUUGCUUCCCUUAGCUUGGACGAAAAUGCGACCGUCCAGCCCCAGAAAAUAGUUGAGUCCAUAGAGACAUUGGUGUCGCAUGCGCCACAGUUCUCCCAACCUGAAAACGAUAACAAUGGCAGUACAGAUUUCUGCACUACGCCGCCACCAACGCCAAGCGAAACUAUAACCGAUAUACUGACGAACGAGCAUGAUAUUGACGCCAUACGUCAAAUUGCAAAUGAGCACACAAAGCAGGUGCUGGAGCUGGCGCAGGAGAACAUUGAACAGAGAGCCCGCCAAGCGGCUUUAGAUUUGGAAAUACAGCCUGAAGACAAGCUCAUUCACAGUCUGGCUUGGGCAGUUGGGCAACAUGAACAGCAGCAGCCGAACAAUGUGCAGCCUUCGGGAGACAACUAUGAGGACGUGCUUGUCCAGACCCUUGUAACAAAGUGCAACCAAGCACCUCUGCCUGCAAAUCUCACCGCCUUUGCUGAGGAUUUGGCAGCUGGUUCGGGUGAUCCGCAAAAAAGCGUCACAACAGUGACCACAAUCCAAACGAGCAAAAAUGGAGAGCAGCCUACGGACACCGUGACGACGAUAACUACCACAACCAAGACACUAACCAGUGAGAAUCAAACGGCUUAAGAUUCUGGCAAUCCAAAUCCUGAUUGAGAAUGAACAGCUGCAAAAUUAAUAUUAAAAUAAACAUGCAAUGAGGCAAUGAGCGAAUUGGCAGAGAAGUA